ACUUGGCAGCUGUUUCAUGGAAACUAGCUAAUCCAUUGUGAUUUAAUUAAAAUGUCCAAUACUAGCUACAGUGGUUCACUAGCUUAGAGGAAGUGUUUAGUGUUGUGUGCAUUGCAUUUGUACACUUAGCUAGCUACCAUCCCAUAGCCUACAUUGCAUAUGAAGUGUGACUGGCUCAUCCAUGGAUGUACAGAGAAAAUGCCCUAUUUGUAUCCACUUUUUUUGUUUGCUCCCCCAGAUAGGGGUUUGUGCAUUCUGAUUGGCUCAUAGUCAAGUUGUUGGCCAGUGACAAACAUCGCAAUUCUACAAGAAGAAUCAUCACUACCAGGAUGGUUGGUUGGGAUCCCCCACCGUGCUCUACAGCUCUCUUUUUCCCCACCUGGUUUUAAUGUGGAUCACAUAAGGACUUCUCUGCUUGCUAUGCACCCAAAUGGACACCAGUGUUUCUCUGAUAAGUGCGCAGGACAAGCAGCAAGCUCUUCAUGACCGCCACAGGAUGGAGACGUCUUGUCUGGAGUUGGCCCUGGAGGGGGAGAGGCAGUGUAAGGUGGGGAAUUACCGUGCCGGGGUAUCCUUCUUUGAGUCGGCAAUCCAGGUUGGCACAGAGGACCUCCAGAUCCUCAGCGCCAUCUACAGCCAGCUGGGCAACGCCUACUUCCACCUGCAGGAGUACAGCAAGGCUCUAGAAUACCACCGCCACGACCUCAACCUCACCAGAACCAUUGGAGAUGAACUUGGAGAAGCAAAAGCCAGUGGUAACCUUGGGAACACUUUGAAGGUUUUGGGAAGGUUUGAUGAAGCAGUGGUCUGUUGCCAAAGACACUAUGACAUUACCAGAGGGAUGUAUGAUAAGGUUGGGCAGGCCCGAGCGCUGUAUAAUUUUGGCAACGUUUACCAUGCCAAGGGGAAAAGCAUCUGCUGGACUGGAGCAGAGCCAGGAGAAAUCCCUGAGGAGGCCAAGGUCGCUCUGAACAAAGCCACAGAGUAUUACGAAUUCAACCUUUCCAUUGUGAAGGACUUGGGGGAUCGGGCAGCACAGGGGCGGACCUAUGGUAACCUAGGUAACACACACUAUUUGCUCGGAAACUUCCAGCGAGCUGUGGUGGCCCAUGGACAGCGUCUCCUCAUCGCUAAGGAGUUUGGGGACAGGGCGGCUGAGAGGAGGGCCUACUAUAACCUAGGCAACGCAUACAUCUUCCUAGACCAGUUUGAAGUGGCGGCUGAACAUUACAAGAAGACUCUGCAGCUGGCCAUGGUGCUGAAGGAUAAGGCUGUGGAGGCUCAGGCCUGUUAUAGCCUGGGGAACACCUACACACUGCAGCAGGACUACCAGAGAGCCAUCGACUAUCACCUCAAACACCUUAUUAUCGCACAGGAGCUCAAGGACAGGGUUGGGGAGGGCAGAGCGUGCUGGAGUUUAGGAAAUGCCCACACAGCCUUGGGGAAUCAUCAGAAGGCCAUUCACUUUGCUGAGAAGCAUCUGGAGAUAUCCAAAGAGACUGGAGACAAAAAUGGUGAGGCAACAGCCAGGAUGAAUAUGGCAGACCUGAGGUUAGUGCUGGGUCUGGGUCAGAACCCAAGCUCAAGCCUCAACACCAACAACAGCUCUGUUCUGACUGAGAACCACAGGACGCAGGAUACCUUACCAGGUGUGAAGUCAGAAAGAAGGAGUAACAGUAUGGAGGACUUGGAGCAUAUAGGACUGGGCCCUGAGAAAACUGUAGAAAACUGGGACGAAGAUGUAUUCAGGCCUUCUAACCCUAAAUCCAGCAUGGCCAAGGCCUCCUCCAAACUGUUCUUCAUCAACCGGUUCAGAGGGAAGAAACACAAGAAACACAGCUCUCCUACCAGAGAUGGGGUCCUCCAGGACACCAGCAACAAGCCCACGGCCCGAGAGAUGGGCACGCAUAAGUCAGGAGUCAAGAUCGGAUGUUCUGACACUCUGGGUGACGAUGGCUUCUUCGACCUCCUCAGUCGUUUCCAGGGCAGCAGAAUGGACGACCAAAGGUGCUCCUUAUUGGACGGCGAGAGCCGUCUCUCCGAUCCCUUCUCUCCCUGUACUACCCCGCCCGUAGCCAUGAGGAAAUCUACUUCCGCAUGCGAGGCCAACCCGGAGCCUGGGCAUUACCUGGAUCUGCGGGACAGCUCCCAGGGCAGUCGACUGGACGAACAGAGAGCCAGCGUGGGCAGCAGCCUCCCCGGUUUACGUCUCAGCACCUCCGAUCAGCCCAUCAGGCUCCACCCCAUGCUCAGUCGCCUGAUGACCAGUGCUGACCAGCCUCAGGAUGACGACGUCUUCUUUGACAUGCUAGUCAAGUGCCAGGGUUCAAGACUGAAUGACCAGCGGUGUGAAGAACCCCCUCCCUCCACUAGAGGUCCUACUGUCCCAGCUGAGGACUUCUUUAGCCUUAUCCUGCGCUCCCAGGCUAACCGGAUGGACGAGCAGCGGGUCCCACCACCACCCCUAAGCUCCGACCCUAACCAGCCCAUCUCGGACUGACCAGCUUGUCUACUUCUACCUAUCCUCAGCUUCUCUCAGCACAGAAACCAGCACACAAAUGCAUUCCUCUACCAAAGCCCUAACUGAAAAUGGAUCUACCCCACCACACUACUCUAGAAAUCAUGGAGUCCUAAUGUACAGACUUAUUAUUAUUCUGGCAGAGAUUUAACUUUUUUUUUUUGUUAUGUUGACUGGGCUCCUUUCAGCCUCAGUGUGCAAUAAACUGACAAUUUAACAGAUUUUUCAUAGUUAAACUUGUUUUAAUUGCAUUUUUAUUUUGUAUCAUUUGUAAGCUUAUGUUGAUAGAGUUAAUAAAUUGUACAGGUCUGCAAUGUUUUCUACUUCCGGUGUAUGCCCACCUUGAGGAAAUAAAGCCUCAUUUUAACAAAAAAUUAUUUGCAUUUCCGUGUCCACUCCAAUUCAACCCUUGCUCGUGAUUAGAUGCCAACUGCCCUUUGGGAAUCCAACUAAAAUGUUGCAAUCUACUGGGCUUGGGAAAUAUACAUUUAGGGAAUAGCAACUUUUUUGUGCUAUUCAUUUUAUUAAUGUUGCCAUCCCAUGUCUUUGAACAAAUCAUGUUUUGAUAUUUACAGUACAUUCAAAUAAUCAACAUUCAUCAGUGCAUAUCAUUGUGGUCAUCAACUUUAGUACAUUAACAGGCAUCUUACACAGUAACAGGUUUAACCUCAACCCCAGGCUCAAUUGCUACUGCAUCAAGUUAACUGGUGAAUAAGAGGACAAUGUUUUGCUGGGCUAAACUGUACAGUAAAGUGCUGGUCAUGGUUGUG